AUGGCAGCAGAUAAACAAGAGUCGAGAUUUCAUCGGGAAAUCCUGAGUAGGAGGCUGUUCUUUUGGAUAUUCUGGUAUGGCUCGCAUUGGGGCCUCUUUGCAUACGGAUGGAUCAAACAAGCCCAGGAUCCUCGUCUGUCUCUUCUCAACGGUCUCAAGUACUCCGUCUGGAUUUCUCGUGGUGCCGGUUUGGUUCUCGCCUAUGAUUGCGGUCUGAUAUUGCUCCCCAUGUGCAGGACCAUCUUGCGUGUCGUGAGACCCAAGAUUAGAUGGUUGCCUCUGGAUGAAUCGCAAUGGUUUCAUAGACAAGUUGCAUACAGCAUGCUCUUCUUCACUAUUGUCCAUACCACCGCACAUUACGUCAACUUCUUCAAUGUCGAGAAACUCCAAGCUAGACCCCUCACCGCUUUGCAAAUCCAUUACGGUGAUGCUGGUGGUAUCACGGGCCAUGUUAUGCUGUUGUGCAUGCUCUUGAUGUACACCACCGCCCACCACAAGAUUCGUAAUCAGUCCUUCGAAGUCUUCUGGUACACCCAUCACUUGGCCCUCAUCUUCUUCAUUGGAUUGUACACCCACGCCACCGGCUGUUUCGUGCGAGAUACCGACACGAAAACACCCAUCUCUCCAUUCGCUGGAAAACGUUUCUGGGACCACUGCAUCGGUUAUCAGUCUUGGAGAUUCACAUUGGCUCCAGGUGUCAUCUACUUCAUCGAGCGUGUCUAUCGCAUGAUUAGAGCUCGUAGGGAGACUCAAAUCACCAAGGUUAUCAGACAUCCAUACAACGCCAUUGAAAUCCAGUUUAAGAAGCCAUCGAUGAAAUACAAGGCUGGCCAAUGGCUCUUCCUCAACGUUCCAUCCAUUUCCCGCUUCCAAUGGCAUCCUUUCACCAUUACUUCUUGCCCAUCCGACCCAUAUAUCUCAGUACACGUUCGCCAAGUUGGUGACUUCACUACUGAUCUCGGUGAGGUUCUCGGCGCCGGUAAGAACUCCAAGGCCAUGGAACUCGCCAAUAUGGAUCCUACCGCAAUGUUUGAAAUCGCCCUCAGAAACGGUGCACAAAUGCCAGCUCUACGCAUUGACGGACCAUACGGAGCUCCAGCAGAAGAUGUAUUUGAAAAUGAAAUUGCUGUUCUGAUCGGUACCGGUAUCGGUGUCACCCCAUGGGCGUCCAUCCUCAAGAGUAUCUGGCAUAAGCGUCAAGGUCCAAACCCACCAACUCGUCUCCGUCGUGUCGAAUUCAUCUGGGUCUGCAAGGAGGUUUCCUCAUUUGAAUGGUUCCACACUCUUCUCUCCUCCCUUGAACGCCAAUCGCAAACAGCCGGUUUCUCUGCCGAUGCCGAUUUCUUGCGCAUUCACAUCUACCUCACCGCGAAGCUUGACAUCGACACUGCCCAGAAUAUCGUCCUCAACUCUGUUGGUGCUGAGCUUGAUCCAUUGACUGAACUCCGCUCUCGAACAAAUUUCGGUCGUCCGGAUUUCAAGCGCCUAUUCGGUGCGAUGAGAGACGGAAUCCUCGACCAAAGUUAUAUCAGCGGUCUAGACCACAGCAUCAAGACCAAGGUUGGAGUCUACUUCUGCGGUCCAAAUGUAGCAGCUCGGUCUGUCAAGUUGGCUUGCAGAUCCGUGUCCAGCGAGACCGUCCAGUUUUCGUUCUGGAAAGAACAUUUCUAA